UUGUACAGUUUCAAGUCCACCGUUCCUCAUAUAAUGGGGGCGCAAAGGCGAGCUCCAUCUUAUUCUAUGUACAAAAGAGACUUAAGAGGGAGCUUGUCUACAACUCCCAAAGAUUCCAACUCUGCUUCACUUCCAUGACCAUUUUGUUCUUGUCUCCCAACUCUUCUUCUCCUCUUUUUGUCACUUCUUUUCCUAAAAUAUCCCAAACUUUAUUGGUUUUUGUGAAAACAAACACUCAUACCUACUUGAGCCCGAGCUUGCAGCAAUUAUUCCAUCCCCAUAUUCCUUUUUUCCUCCCUCCAAUGGCCAAGGAGAGGAGCUCAAGGAAACCCAAACAAGCUCCAGAGAAAGAAAACAAAGAUCAUCAUCAGCAACAGCAGCAGCUGCUUCACAACAAGCAACAGAAAUGGACCCUUGUCAGGACCCUGUUGGGAUGCAACCACCAACCCAUUGAAGAAGCCACUGGCAAGUGCAAGAAGAUGAAGCCCACAGCAACUCCUGAAGUCCACAGGAGGAGGCCUUCCUCAAGUUCACUGUCUUCCUCAAGCAGAUCCCUCAGGGCUCCACAUCCUCUGAAUGAGCCUAACUCACUGUCUUCUUCUAACUCAUUCUCUGCAUACUCUUCCAGGAGCUCUUCCUCCAUCAACGGUGGGUCUGGGUCCUCUAGAGGGAUGACAGGGCUGAGGAGGCUCUCUGGGUGUUAUGAGUGCAGAAUGGUUGUUGACCCCAUUCCGAUUGGGGUCUCGAGAGAGCCUUCCCCGACGUCCACCAUCUGUGCUUGUCCCGAGUGCGGUGAAAUCUUCACGAAGCCUGAGACGAUGGAACUUCAUCUUUCUGUGACACAUGCAGUAUCAGAGCUGGGGCCCGAGGACACAAGCAAGAACAUAGUGGAGAUCAUAUUCCAGUCGAGCUGGCUCAAGAAGCAGGGCCCUGCCCCGAUCAUCGACCGGGUCCUCAAGGUCCACAACACCCCCAAGACCAUAUCCAAGUUUGAGGACUACAGAGAUUCGAUCAAGUCCAAGUCCACCAAGAAGAACCCGAGAUGCUCUGCGGAUGGGAACGAGCUCCUCCGCUUCCACUCUACUAUGCUUUCGUGCUCCCUCGGACUCAACGGCUCCACAAGCCUCUGCAACUCGAGCCCUCUGUGCACUGUUUGCGAGAUUAUCAGGAACGGGUUCAAGCUUCAAAACAGGGAAUGUGGGAGCAAGAAUGGGAUCUUGACGACUGCAACGAGCGGGAGAGCCCACGAUAGGGCUGAAGAAACGUUAAACACCGAAGGGAAGAAGAAGCUGAGAGCAAUGAUGGUGUGUAGAGUCAUUGCAGGGAGGGUGAAGAGGAAUAACAACGUUAUUGAAGGACAAGAGAUUGAAGAUCAGUAUGAUUCUGUUGGGGGAGGAUCUGAUAAUACUGUUGGGCUGUUCUCCAGUUUGGAUGAGUUGUUUGUAUUCAAUCCAAGGGCAAUUCUGCCCUGCUUUGUUGUAAUCUAUCAUAGUUUAUAGCUUCUUUUUUUGUUUUUUUGUUUUUGUUUUUGGUGAAUAUUGUUAUUAGUUACUGUUGGGUUUGAGGUUUUUCCUUUAAAUGGAAGAGUAUAUUGCUUGUGAAGAUUUUUA